GCGAGGAAGAUGAGCGGGAGCGCGUUCAACGCGUUCAAGUCGAAGGUGCCGGUGGAGUGGAGCCCGCGCCUCUACAUCACGCUGGUGCGGGGCCUCCCCGGGACGCGCAAGCUCCACCGCCGCACCCUCGAGGCCAUGCGCCUCCGCCGCUGCCAUCGCACCGUCGAGCACCGCACCACGCCGUCGCUCCUCGGCAUGCUCACCCAGGUCAAGCGCCUCGUCGUCGUCGAGACCCAGGAGAUGUACAACGCGCGGAAGCUCGCCGACGAGCAGCGCCGCGCGCCCAGGCCCCCGCUCGUCGUCUCGCACGCCCCGCCGCCGCCGAAGGCGGCGCAGGGUGCCGCUGAGGCGGGACAGUAG